AGGGCUGAUGCUAGCAGGAUGGACAUGAUGCUAACCCUCUCCCCCCUCCCUCCCUCAGGCUGGCCAGACAGGGCUGAUGCUAGCGGUCAGUCAUGGCAGGAUGGAUAUGGUUCGGGCGCUGCUGGCCCAGGGGGCAGAGGUCAAUGUCCAGGAUGAUGAGGGUUCUACAGCCCUGAUGUGUGCCAGCGAACAUGGCCACGCUGAGAUAGUCAAACUACUGCUGGCCCAGCCGGGCUGCGACGCCACUCUCAGCGACAGCGAUGAGAGCAAUGCCCUGUCUAUCGCUCUGGAAGCGGGUCACAAGGACAUAGCAGUGUUGUUGUACGCCCACGUAAACUUCUCUAAGGCCCAGUCACCGGUCAGUACUCUCUACCCCUGUCCCCUGACCACUAACCCUUACCUCUCUUCCCUGACCUCUAAGCCUUGCCUCUGUUCCUGACCUCUGACCCUUAUCUCUCUUCCCUGACUUCUCUUCCCUGACCUAUAACCCUUACCUCUGUUUCUGACCUAUAACCCUGACCUCUCUUCCCUGACCUCUAACCCUUAACUCUGUUCCCUGACCUCUAACCCUUAACUCUGUUCCCUGACCUCUAACCCUUACUUCUGUUCCCUGACCUCUAACCCUUACAUCUGUUCCCUGACCUUUAACCCUUACUCUAGUACCCUGACCU